UGUCGUCAUUUUAGUUUCGCUUUUCAUUUGAAAAUUCACAUUUAGUUCCGGACAUCACACCCAAAGUUAUUUUGUUUUAAAGAACAACAAUGAGCUACGAUCGAGCUAUUACAGUUUUUUCCCCAGACGGACAUUUGUUUCAGGUGGAAUAUGCGCAAGAAGCCGUCAAAAAAGGUUCUACAGUAGUUGGUGUACGUGGUAAGACCACUGUUGUGGUUGGAGUGGAGAAAAAGUCAGUCGCCAAACUUCAGGAUGACAGAACCGUGCGUAAAAUAUGCGUAUUGGACGAUAACGUCUUCAUGGCCUUUGCAGGCCUAACAGCGGACGCCAGGAUUGUUAUCAACAGGGCAAGGGUGGAAUGCCAGAGUCACAGACUGACAGUGGAGGAUCCUGUGACAGUAGAAUACAUCACCCGCUUCAUAUGUAACCUGAAGCAGCGUUACACUCAGAGCAAUGGACGAAGACCCUUCGGGAUCUCAUCCUUGAUUGCAGGUUUUGACUUUGAUGGGACACCACACCUUUAUCAAACUGAUCCAUCAGGAACCUACCACGCCUGGAAGGCAAAUGCUAUUGGUAGAUCAGCAAAAACUAUACGCGAGUUCCUGGAGAAGAACUACAAAGAGGAACAUGUACAAUCUGAUGAAGGAGCUAUAAAACUAGCCAUCAAAGCACUGCUUGAGGUUGUGCAGUCUGGAGGGAAGAACAUUGAACUCGCAGUUAUGAGGCAAAAUGAGCCAAUGAAGAUUUUGGACCCUGAAGAGAUAGAACGCCACGUCUUGGCUUUGGAGAAGGAAAAAGAAGAGACGGAGAAGAAAAAGAAACCAUGAGGACACUACCUCUUACCUAGCCAGUGACAACUAGAUCUAUAUUCAUAUCAAAAUGUGCACUUGACAUUUCCACAAAUUAAAUAAACUUCUACAUACCAAAA